UGCUGCAUGACCUGUAUCUAUAUGACGAAUCGCUUUUGUCCCGCUACCUUUUAUAAGAAUCCUCCUGCAUUACCAUAAGUAAGUCCCGACGUAGAAGUCUGGUAAUGAAUAUGUACUUAAUGAAUAGUCUAAGUGACGCAGAAGCGCCCUGAUUGGUAUUCUUAUCCAUGGAUCGAUUCGUGUAUACUCAAAUUUUUUUCAUCACAAGUAAGUUACUUUCUUCCUGUUUUUGAAAUGAACUAAGACCGUCUGAUCAUCAAACGCAAAAAGUAGGAAUAUGAUCGUACGAAGAGAUGAUUGAGGAACAUAACAGAACAACGUCAAAGCUGUUAGUAACUUCUGUAAUCUAGUUCUAGAUCUGCUGAUUCUAUGUAUAAUCUUACAACGGACUGUUGUAACUGCAACGACAUUAGUGGAUUGAACUAUUCUUUGAUAGGCUGAAGAACACGCACCAGAACAAUACUAAAAUUAAAAAAUGUUGAUCAAAGUAGAGAAGGAAGGUUGCCGCGGUGUCGGUGAACCAGCUGAACGAUCGCUGUUUGAGACCGACGAAGAGGCCCUCCUGGUCGGCUUUGAGGAGGGGUUUGAUCCACUUCUUGGUUAUGAGGGGAGUGGCUGUGGUGUGUCGACGUCAAGCUAUAAAGAUGAUGACUACAACGAGUUGUACAACAAGACAAGGGACCACAAAAAUAACAGCAUCAACAACUUCUGCGUCUUCAACCUGAGCAUGAAGAUGCGUCGUCCUGCUUACAACUUUUUUGACAUGGAGAACCAACGUCAUGAAAUGAAGAAAGUGCAAGUAGCAGCUGAAGAUCCUGAAAACCCAGAAGAGGUACAACUAUUGCCAUCAUCAUCAUCUUCAGCCAGCACAUCUACUAUUAAGGUUGUAGCUAAUGCAUCUUGGACUGCAUCGUUGAAGCGUAUGGCAGAGUAUAUCAGGGCGAUACUCUGCCAUACUUUUCAAGGAUGCAGCUGGGAGAUGAAUUGCGGAGAGCGCUAAUACUACUUGCAAGUGCAACAGCAUAAUCCGCAUGAAGCGCCUUUUGGACUGUUUCAUUCGUCCAAGAAAAAGAGAACUCCGUGACCAUGCAUCAUCUUCACCACCUACAUUAGUGGAACAUGUGCACUUUCUCCAUUCAGACUUGGAAGCUGCGUCGUGCUCAGAUGAAACAGCCAGCUGCUCAAAUUAUGCGAACUGCUACUGUAGUAGGUAAUAACAAUAGAACGAAUAACAAUAAUCCUUAGCAUACUUACAUACUUCACAAGUCCUGUAUUCUUUUACAGCGCUUCGAAUCAUAUUGAAAAUUAUACUGAAGUUGGCUGAGCAGGAUGUUUAUUCUGGUAGAGGCAGUGGUAGCUAGAGCACUGACUUAUUUUUUUCAUACUUCCGUCGCCGAGGGAUCUGCGUCUGCAUCCAGAAGCUGUUGUGAGCAGAAGGGAACCGAAUCACGCCGCAUUCAUCGGCGAGCAAUCUUUGGUCAUUGGCUUCUUGAUAUGGAUCUUGUUUUUUCUCCCUUAGAAUAGGUCAGACCAUCGACGGGCGCUGCUCCUUUUCCACUUGAUAAAAGUGAAUAUAAUUCAAACAGCAUACGUAGUUACUUGUAAAAGUGUAUCAAAACACGAAAUCGAGUUGAUUAAUGUCGGGCCCUUUUUAGGAAGCCUGGCAUUAGAAGUCCCAUCGACAGUUUCGGAGUACUGAUCUGGGCAUCCUACCAUACCGGUUACUUAUGAAAGUGUAUAGCGCAACAUCAAGCGCAAAGGUAGGCGGGUCAUCCAAACCCUGGGUCAAUGCUGGAGAGCCGGCACUUACUCAGUUAAAAGGGUGUAUCUUUAGCUAUGAUGGUCUACGACAUGAUGGUCUUCUAGUACGCCCUGCUCUAUAGGAGAAAAAACAACAUCUUCUAUACUGGAUGUUGCAGUCAUUUCGCUACUGCUUUGCGGAUUUGUUGGCCCCGUCUUCCUCAUCUGGAACAUUCUCGGUGGUGGGUCAAGAUCUACAAUAUUAUGGCACACUAAAAGUUUCACUGAAUUCAUCCUCGUCUUCUUUUGUCCACUCGCUUUACCUUUAUUUUUUCAGUUAUAGGCUGAUUGAAGAUGAGCGAACUGCAGCAGGAGUGUUCUCCGGUAGGUACUACAGUUUCCUUAUGGUGAAGUCCAUGGGGUUAGGUCCAUUCUACCGGUCCAUUCGAGUUCUAAAAAACAGGAAGGCGAAGAUGCAAGGAGCUUUCUUCGAUAAUGCUUUUCUCGAGAAGAUGAGCAGAAGUUAUGACUUCUAUUUUCUUCUUCUUCUUGCUCGUCUUCCAAGUAGAAUCUAGCACUUGUUAAAUAAGGGAUGGUAGUAUGUAAUAGUCAUAAUCCCCCCGUUUAUGUACUUGUUAAAUAUGGGUGGGCGAUAAUGUACUACAACUUGAACUUGCUAAGUAGAUAAGACAUAGACAGAGUAGUCUAUUGAAACAGAUUCUGAAGAAGUGCAAUAAAGGAUAGAACUGAAGUACUAGUAGUGCAACACCUCUAGAAGAAAGCGGCAAUCUGCACUGUGUUGAAGGUUAAUUGCACUGUGAAAGUUAAUAGAAUAGAGCGAAAUUCUGUGCGAGGUUAAUUGUACUGUUGUAUUGUAUAACUGCUAAACAACGUCCAUUGCAUACUCAUGUAUAGUAUUGCAUCAUCAUCGUCAUCGUCGUCACCUUCUUAGGGGAUAAUAGACGCGUAGCAGUAGUCUAUUAAACGAACCCUACGUACAUUCCUCUAGUGUUCUUGGGAUUCGUAGAAUAUCAAUAUUCAGGUCUCACUCACAAGUAAAAAAUACUAAAGCAGGAAGGUGGUGGCCUUUGGUAACUAGAAUUUAUUCACUCUCUGCAAAAGUAGCAUUUGUUUUGUUACAGGACUCCGCGCCACCUCCUUCUAGGCCAAUUCGUUCACACAUUCACUCGUUCAUUCAUUCACUCACUCACUCAAAAAUAAUGCGGGGUCGUCACUGGUAUCUGCAGUUCCAAUUUUAUUUUUUUUCAUCGUUCUUUUUUUUAUAAUACUUUAGAUUGCACCACCAGCACGUUGAAUUACCACGAUGAAGGCUAAGGUACAGGCAUAACCUGUGGAAAGCCAGCCAGAUCCUAUCCUAUCCUAGACUUGUCGAUGUAAAGAUAACUUUAUCAGUUUUGUCUUUGCAACUGCCUUGGAACAAGAUCAUACUAAGAUGCACCUUAAAACUAUAGUAUCACAUUUGUUUUUUUUUCUCUUCCCUGGUCAGGAAUGCUCCACCGCAAAAUUUAUCAGUUUCGUCUAAGCUUCCAUCAGUUUCGUCUACCUGGUGGGAAGUAACGAUGGCAAACCUGCUUCCUCACCCACGUACGGAAGAAGACGCUCCAUUCAAUUACCGGCACAUGCUGCAUCCGCUGGGGCAGGUCGAGAUCCACCUAUUAUGGGUGUGGGAAAUCCAUCUUUUGCAAAGUUUCUUCACCUUGUUCAAGGGGCACCGCCCCGACCCUUCCUUAUCAUAAUAACCAGAGGACUCCACGGCUCAGGGGAUUGAAAGCCGACUCCUCUAAGGGAUUGACAUUCACAAAAUGGACCCAAGAUGAGUUGUCAUAGUCGUGACCGCUCACCUCUCCGAGGCGAGCUAAUUCCUAUCCGAUCCUAUUCUAUCUUGUCCUAUCCUAUCCUAUCCUAUCGCGAGAUGGAUUCCUGCAACGUCUAAACCCAAAAGUCCACCGGGAGGCUCUGCUACCUCGGGCAAACAAGUAGCCGGGGAGUCCGACGUACUUUUAGUUUUAUUUGCUUUGUGAUGAACUUAUUACAGAGCAGUUUAUAGCACGCAUGGCGCAAAUGGAGUCGCAUGGAGUGCAUGGAGCGCAGACCUCUAAGGGACGCAAGAAGCGGCCCCUUUAGCUCCAUGCAGCUCCAUGCGAUCCAUGCACUCCAUGCCGUGCGAGCUGGCAAACCUUAUAUAUUAUCCUGUUCUUAGAAAUAUCAUCUUACAAGCCACAGUCUAGUCGUCCAUUCAUCAUCAUCACCUCCAUCAUUGGUAUCAUCAUCGUCAUUAUUUUGAGCUUAGUGAAUCAAAGGCGCAAGUGAACGCCUUCACUUUAUUCUUUCAAGCAUGAAGCGAAGGCGUUCACUUGAGGACUUGAUUAUAAUACGAUAGGCGAGUUGUUGUUGUAAGUACAUUUUAUACUUAUGUACAGAAUUUCCAGGGCUCAGGGCUGAAGGCCCCGCCGCUCUAAAUUUUUGAGGGGGCCCUCCAGCCCAGCUUCCUUUUUCUCGAGGGACUGCCAGGCGGGAAGGCCUCCAAACGCCCACCUUCGCGCCCUCGCGGCUUCUUGCGUGUACCCUACAGAACCUAAGCCCCUGAGGCCGUUCAAGCGCCGGCGGCUGGUGGUGGAAGGCUUCUGAAGACGGCAAAGGUGGCCAGGCUUGGCCUCCUUGCCGUGUUGAAUGUACCUGACAGGCCUCCCUUGCCGUGUUGCGUGCACCCUACAGACCUCCCGCGUGCGGGCUCUUCACUGGGGGAGUUUCUUGGGGGUGGAAGGCCUCGGGGGGCAGAAGGUGGCAAGGCUUGACCCCUUUCGCCGUUCUGCAUGAUGCGACAGAACCCAGGCAGGCACGCCUUGCCCCCACUUGGCCUUUGGGUCCGCAACGCCCCGGGCGUCUGGUGGCGGCUGACGCUGCCUUGCCACCAAGUGGGGGAAUGAGGGCCAAAGGGGCCAGGCCCCGCGACCGUGGCCGCCUUCGGCGGCUUUCUCCCGCCGGAGGUCGUCCUCCUGAUAUAGUCCAAGAGCCGGGGCGCCUGUGGUUUACACGCGGAGGGCCGCCAGGGGACUCCGGCUCCGCCUUGUGAGGCCUUCGCCCCCGGGAAUCCCUACACGCCACCACCGCGGAAAAAAGGGCGCACCGACGCCUCCCCCCCGCUCCAUCCACAGGGGGGGCCUCCCUCCUUGGUGUAUAUGUCUUUUCAUUUUAUUUAACUCCGGCGCGCUUUUCUGGUGGAGGAGGCGGGGCCGCGUUGAGGGGGUGCCCCCGGCAGCCUCCUGGGCGCCUCUUAGCUGUUCUGCAGCUGUUUCGCAGUGGUUCCGCAGGGUGCUCCCGAGGGGCUCGCAUGAGCGUGGGCGAGGCUCCCUCAGCGCAAAACGCUCCUGGGGUGUUCCGGAGCUGUUUCGCAGCGGUUCUGCAGCUGCCUCCUGCGUGUCUCAGUUUGGAGGGCCUCCUGCGCUGCUCUUGGCUGUUCCGUGGCGUGUUCUGUAGCUUGUUCUGCAGCUGUUCCGCGGAGUGUUCUGCAGAGCAGAGUGUUCCGCAGCUGCUCCGCAGGGUGUUGCGCGGAGUGUUCUGCGGAUGUUGUGUGCCGCGUUCGGCAGAAUGUAUGUUCCACCGGGGAUUCGGUGGCUUCGCCUACUACAGUGGCGCGGGAAGCGUCUCUGCAGGGCAGAGGGGCGCGCGCAAGAGACGCGGGGGGGAGCCGUGCCGCCGCAGGUGACUGCGGUGUUGGGCGUCGCUGUCGCACGCCGCUGGGUGUCUCGCCUGGAGGAAUACGAGAGGCCGCUGCCGCUCUGCUGUACUUCCCCCUCACUCUUCUCCCGCCGGCAACUCCACGUCCGCCUUUCCUCUCCAACCCUCUCCCUUAACAUAAGGAUGUUUUUAAGUUAUAAUAGUCGGCUACGAGAGAUAAUUCAUCCUUGACUUCUGCAUCCUUGAAAAGUAUGCGCGAGCAUUUCAGGGGAAUGCCCUCCCAUACUUUUCAAAGAUGCAGCACUUGGCAGAUGAAUUGCGGACAGUUCGAAUCAUGAGCGCCUCUGAUGUGUUUCUUCCGUUUUUUGAUUUCCCUGAUACUCAGUUUUUCCUGACUCCUCUUCCCCGUGAUUGAUCUAAUGUCAGUGGUAUACCGUGGAAAGUUAAGGAUAGUAUAAUCUACUUAAUGCAAGAGGUCGUGGUCAGGCUAGGUGCUCUAAUAUAUAAUAUUAUACAGUUACAGAUACGCCCUGUAUUAACAGGUAGCGCCUCGUGACCAUCUAGGAUGUAGUACUGUAGAUCCUCUCUCGUCUUUCUUGGCUUUUCCCUCAGCCUUACCAGUCAUUUCUUCACAAUAUAGAAGCCGUCUUGUUCUUCAUCUUUAGAUUGGUAGUCUGCUCAUCCUCUAUGCAGUGUUCUUUCUGCUUCAUCAAAGCUUUCCUCUUCGUGGUUAUGUGUUUUUCUUUGGGUACUUAUGAAAUGCUUGCUACCACUAGUAAGCACUAUGCUAUUGAUAUUACUGUGCCUUCUCCUUAUAAUAUUAAUCACUAUGCUAAUAAUAUUGACAGAUCAAGUAGGUGCGCCGCGAGCGCGGCACGUGUGCGCCGAUAGGGUCGCGGGCGAACAUAAUGAUAAUAUUUACUUCUCCUAGCUAACAAACGACAUAAUCCACCGGUCGUGCAUAUCUUUUCCCCAUCCCAGGGAGCUAACAUCAAACGACAUUAUAAUCCACUAUUUAAAAUUUUUUUCCCCACAACGAACCGCAGCCCAGUGGAGCCAAGCCCACUGGAACCGGAAGGGGCACUAAGAUGAAGCGAGCAGGUGCUCGUUUAUGGAGGCUACAAUUUUAGAUCAUACCUUGUAUACACUUGCGAGCGCGACGCGUACGAGACGAUAAGGUCGCGCGCGAACAUAAUGAUAAUAACAACACUUGAAGACGUUAGUUCACGUUCAGAUGAGUUAUAGGGAGUUUUUCAUUUUAUUCAAAGCAUUUUCUUGUUCGCGAAGGAUGAUUUUAGUUGAUUGUAGGAAGUGGAGAAUCUACGUGUCCAACAAGAACGUGUUGUUCACACAGGAAGAGAGUUUCGAACAAUGACAUUAGGCCAUCGUGAGGCUGAGGAGAUUCAUUCGUAGAUGGAAGUGCUCAAUACAACCUUUCGUUUGGGUGUGCGUGCCCAUUAACGAAUACUCCUAGGAUAUUUUUGAAAAGGAGAAUCCUUUUCCUUCCAUCUCCUAAUGAUCUCAAUGUCCUUGGAGAGACUAAUGAAUAUCUUUGAAGAGAUGAAGACCACGGAAAACUUGUUUGAUAUUAAAUAAAUUUGAUUGUACUCACCGACUCUGACAGUGUCGACCUCCGCCACGUAUCAUAUUCAAAAACGACGAGAAGUGUUGCAGGUAGUCAAAAUUUGAUUAUAAUAUGCGUGUUGAGUGUGGGAAUGGGAAACUAAAUUCAAUACCUUCUAAGUUGCGGCCAAGGCCAAGGACGUGCUUAUGGCUUUUCAGAAGUAUUAUAUUCUUAACAUCUUCUCUCUCUGUGGUCUCUGAAGCCGCUCCUCUCCCUCUAAUACUUCAAGAACAGGGUUAGUACUAGUGUUGUAUCUGCUCAAUUCAGCUUAACAUCUUCUUGAAUGAUGACCAAGAAGCAGGACAGCAGAGAAUUGUACUUGGUUAUACUGGUAGUUAGAGGCAAACGACCGGACGCGAAUAGUGAAUGUGCAUGCUUCCGGUCUUUUGUAACCUGAAUUUGAUCAUAAGGGAAAACAAGAAGAUGAGAACCCUUGUGAUCAAAUUCAGGCCACCAAAUAUCGGAACCAUUCAGAAGGAAGGAAAGGUGACUAUUUUAGAAGUCGUAAAUGCAGCAUUUAAAAUGCUCAUCGUGAUGUCCUCGUAGGUGAGCUGACUAUCUGAAAGCGCUAAUAUUGAGCGACAGGACCUCACUCGGCGAUUAACCUCCCCAGUGCACCCGGAUCUGCACACGGACAGUCACGUGAAGGCACUAGUAAGAAACUAUACUAUGAAUAUAAGUAUGUUUAAAACAACGAAUCAGCAUUCAGAUCCUAUGCAAGUAGGCACACUAUCCUAUCCUGUCGUCCUAUCCUAUCCCAUCCUAUCCUAUCCUAUCCUGUGCUGUUUUCCUUCGUGGACCUCUUUUUUCUGUAUCAGUCGUCAUUGCACCAGCACACAUACUGUCUGGGUGUGUGCAUAUCGAAAAAUUCUGCAGCUUACUGCAGCACUGCUUGUUCUACAUCUACUCUGUUCUUGUGAUUUUAGUAGUACAGUAAUGUAGUUCCAACUGGUUGAAAAGUUGACUUUCGAGCAUCUUUUUCUUUAUCUUGUUAACAACUCGCUGGCGACGUCGCCCAAAGAAUAGAACAAUAGAUCUCCGAAGGAGCUGCAACGAAUACCGGGAAUUUUAGAUGGAUGCAGUCAACUAGUCAUUUACUUUGCACCCUAGGUACUCCCCCUAUGGCAAGACCGGACUCCGAUGCGGAAGACAGGGGUACCGGCGACGGCGACGUUCCUGUGCUAGACAGUGAAGUUAAGGGUAGGUUUUCGGUCGUUCUUUGUUUUGACUCUCCACCCAAGGGGAACGAAGAGACAACAAUCUCCCAAGGUUAAGGGUCAACCUUCAAAAGUCAUAGGCCCUUCAGAAAGGGGCAAGAGCAUAACAAGCGGGGGUUACUUGACUGAAGUAGGAACACCAAAAGCCGACCGCUUCUAAUGGUUGCCCCGCCGCUGAGCCUGAGAAGGAACCAAAAAAGGAGGAUGGAGGCUUCUUUGGUGGCUCGUGGAACUUGGUCAUAAUUAUGAAACGUAGUAGUUAUAGUUUACAAGCUAUAUUAAGUCUAAUAGUCCUGACUUCGCUCCUUUUUUCAUCACAACUGGUAUCGAUCUAUGUACCUAGUUGCUAACCUUCUGUUUUGUGGACCGUGCCUUCUUGUAACUCUCUUCUACAUGCACUCUUUCUUAUGUGCCUACUGUGAUUUCUUCUUAUUCUUCGGUCGUAACGGUAUCAUCAUGUUCAUGUUGCCGAAUAGAUUCAAAUCGUCUUGAUGUUCAUUCUUACUCUCUAGUCAGUUGGGAUCGUCUUGAUUUCUAUUCUUAAGGCUCUCCGGGGGAGUAGGCCUCUUAGAGCAGAGCAGCUCUCGUCUCAGCCGCGACAGUGUAGCACCUCUAAUUCGAUCGCAACUCUUUGUGCCACAUGCGUUGUUUCCUUAUGAAUAGGAAAUGAAAAGGAAUUAUCUAUCUAAUACUACCUCCAAAAAUGUAUAUUAAGUAGAUAAUAAUCUACCUCCAAAAAUGUAUAAUAUCUAAUACUGCCUCCAAUGGAAUUAUACUUUAUUAUCCACCUCGAUGUAUAAGGUGAAGAACAAUUGUUCAGAGGAUCAUCUCCUCCGUCGUCGUCAGCACUGAGUGACACUUGUAGCACGACCUCGACGGCACAGUUUUCAUAGUCGUGAGUGCUCACUUCAUCUCCGUAGGCGAGCCCAUUCCUAUUACCCCAUCUUAUCCCAUAUCCCAUCCUAUCCCAUCCGGCUAUCCUAUCCCAUCCGGCUAUCCUAUCCCAUCCGUCUAUCCUAUCCCAUCGAUCCGUCUAUCCUAUCCCAUCCGUCUAUCCUAUCCCAUCCGGCUAUCCUAUCCCAUCCGGCUAUCCUAUCCCAUCCGUCUAUCCUAUCCCAUCCGGCUAUCCUAUCCCAUCCUAUCCCAUCCUAUAUCCUGGAAUCCUAUUCUUUCUUCAUUGAUGCUGCUGGGACUGAUUCUGGUAUCGUGCUGCAGUUGUGGAGGGGCUGCAGAGGCAGACGAGUUGGAUUCUGAAUUUCAUUUGUCGACGCCAACGUCCCAUUAUGCUAGACAACGACUUCUGAAGUUUUUGAAUACUAGACUGUAAGCGAUAGUACCCCGGUUGUGGUUUUUUAUAUUUUACAUGGCCAUUGCUUAAAUUUUUCUUUAUAGCGUAAACGACCUCUAAUAUUGAAUUUUGUGUUUUUUCCUAGUUUGUUAGGCUGCUGGCUCCACCGAAGAUAUGGUAAUACUAAGUAGACUAAGCGAUAGUUGUACCCCGACUACUGCUACUACUACAUAAGUACUAAAUUUAUCUCUUCAUCUUGAUCUACAACUUGAAGAUGACAACUUCUAUCUAUGCUUCAUCUAAUCCUUAUCUUGACCUUUUGAAUCAUGACCACUGCUUUCAGAUGAAAGCUAUAUAUUAUGAUAUACUGUUGGAGGUGCCGUUUGUUUCCUCAUAAAAGGGUGGAAAUAAAGGUGAUCACCAGAUGAGCAGGUGGGGAACAAUAUCCGGAGACUCGAACUCAUCUAAUCCAAACUGAAAAGAAAAGGUGGUUCCAGUAAAGGUCAUCCUGACACACCGCGAGUGCCGCCAGCCUUAGGGGGUGGCAAGAUACCAGCGGAUGCUGGCUACGACGACUCAUCCUCGCAGGGUUCAAAUUACGAAACUAAAAAAAAAUCGAUUCGGGUCUAGUAAAGUCUUAUUUACAACUUUAAUACUUAACUGAAGAGCUACUGUAAAUGUACUAAAGAACAUGAUGUAGAUGUAGUACAUGAUGAGUAAAAAGAGUACAGAAGCAGAUCACUUACACGACUUGACUUAAGUGAAGGAGAAGAACAGGACAUCAUAGUUGAUCUGGGUAUUUUAAUUUCAUCAUGUAGAUUUCUUGUACAUGUGCAUCAUGUAGUAUAAUUAUGAAGGAAUUAAUAAAAAGAAUGUGAUAAAGAAAAUGAUUGUGAAGAUCUUCAGUGAGCAGGACUGUUUCAACAUCUCGCUGAUCAUGGUCGACAAUAAUCAUUUGAGAUGCACUGAUGAUCAUGACGAGGCUCGUCGUCCAUCACCUAAGCCAUCUAAGGCAUUUGAGAUGCACUGAUGAUCAUGACGAGGCUCGUCGUCCAUCACCUAAGGCAUUUCCAGGAGUAAUGAAACGAGGAGUCCUGGAAAUGCCUUAAGUAGAUGGCUUAGGUGGUCUAAUUUACUCUUUCAUCUAUUCAACAUUGGUAGUUGAGAACAGUCAUUUGGUAGUUCACCCGUUGAGAGUAAUCAUGUGAGAUGGUAGUUGAGAAUAGUCAUUUGGAUUUGGUAGUUCAGCCGUUGAGAGUCAUGUGAGAUGCACUGAUACUCAUUUAAGAUGCAGUGAUGGCCAUCUAAGGCAUUUCCAGGAGUCCCAGCCGCGGCUCUUCACCAGCCAGCGGGAGCAAAACAAGCUCAAAGACCUCGCCAGUUGUACCAAAUUAUGGAUCUUCUUUUUGAUCAUGAUCCUUUAGUUCCGUCGUCGUGCUAAAAAGGAUCUAAUAAAUGCAGAGUAUUUAUUUGAACCCUCACUCCAUGGUUUGGUUUUUGGUUUUUACCUUAGAAAAGUUGAGGAUGAAUCUACUAUCUAAGUGAUCGUGCUAAGGAUCUAAGUAUUUUUGAUGAUCUUUUAGGUUGUGAUAGAUUCCAAUUUUUAUAAUUCAUUGCUCAGGAGGAGGACCCUGUUUUUUUUACAUCAAGGAGACGUUCUGGUCACUACACAGGAUUCGACGUUGUUUGUGGCUCUUCAAUACAUAGCCUCGUAUGUCUAUCUACACAGACCUCCUGACCGCACACUCUAAGUCAGUAUCAUGGAUAUUCCUCUGCCUAGGCGGAAUACCAGAUCGCGCUCAUCAGAUCUCGAUGGCAGCGUUAGUUACGGCGUUCCCGUUCCUUCGACCAAUUCACCGAGCGUUCCAGAUUUUCUGAAAAACGACAAUUAAGAGACAGUACCUAGAUCGGAGUUUUCGCUCUUCUCCACAUAAUAUGCGUCCCCGCAUCUUCCCAGAGUUGUUAGGGUGAGUCUUCGCAUGUUGACCACGACCAGUCAAUAUUAUUGAAACCAGUCUUCAGGCAGAAGCACAAGCAAUAGAGAAACAGUCAGAAGUGAAUAGCAGAGGAGUUGGUCAAUCAAACUCAAACAGUCAGGCAAUCAAGAAUCAGUCAGUGAAUAGAACAGUCGUAAUGAUAACUGCAUGCAGCUACCUAGUUGUGUGAUACAACCUGAGAUGAUGCAGUUGUAGACGGAGGCUUAUUAACUAAGUCUUUUAGUCUUACUUAAUAAGUGUUAGUUAUUAUAUAACUCUGACCUCAAGUUGAGCAUGCUACUGUCUAGUCCUCUAAGAACCCUUGGAUGGGGAGACCGGUGGUUCUUUUAACAUACGCAUACCAGAUCCGAAGAGGACCGCAAAGACUCUUAAGAAAAUGCAGUUCAGUUCUAGCACUGCAGUUGUUCAUCUCCCGAUUCCGAUAUUAGUUUAAUAAAAAUUGAAAUGUUCUUUCUGUGCAGCUUCAGGAGUUUUGUAGUACCUGUCUUUUAACGUCAACAAGUAAAAAGGAGCAUUACGUAAUAAAUUGAUUCAUGUACUAGAAGUGUUACCGAAAAAUGAAUACUGCACUAACACUAUGCUGCUACAGCAUCUCUGUCUAUUUGCUAGUCAGUGUCGUGUUUCUUCUAAUAAUGCUAAGAGCGGACGGCGGCAACUUUCCGGUAUCGGGAGUGGUCGCUUCAGUCCGACCAGCAAGCAAGGUGCAAAAAACGCGAAAGGGAAUACGAAGGGAAACAAGCGCUCGCGAAGUGCGUCCACGGCAAGAGUUAAGGACUUGUAGACUCCCACUCCCUAUAAUAGAACUAGAAGCAAAUUUUUGAAUAGUCGCUCCAUAGCUUGACUUUUGUUUUUUACCUUAGAAAAGGUAUGCAGGUUGCAUCAAUCACACCUAACGCUAGCCUACUAUUUCCAACAGCACGUAAAGCAACUUGUUCACAUUCGUAGCAAGAAGCGCUUCCUUGUUGUCUCCUUGUCGCCUAAAUGCAUAUGCAAGAAUGGUAGAUAUUAUCAAACCCAAAUACAACAAGUACAAGUAGUAGAAGUAGCUAGUUCACCUCCUGUCCCGUCUCUCUACACAAGACCUUUACUUUUUUUUGAAUCUUUCUAAGAAAGGCCAAAAUGAGGAGGAGACCGAAGAGGGCGAUCUUGGGUUCGUGUCAACACGCCAAGGCCGGCAACGAAGCAGUGUGUUAUGAAUUGACGUCGUAGAACUAGAAGGUCCUUAAAGUCGAACCGACUAACAGCAUCCUCAUGAUUUGAAAACGAAACCAUGAAAAUCAAAGACUUAUCAAAAGUGUACACUACGUACUAGGAGAAGAAAUUGUGUGUUAAUGUUGCUCCUUUUCCGGGAGACGAGUCUGCUCGAUGUGCAGGAUCGAUAUUUACCUAUUAAUACAACCUAACCUAAACGAUCCUCGCUAGCUGGCCAAAUAAGAAUUCUAGCCAAGCUAACAUUGUUGUAGCUAAUGUUGUCAUAUCAUUAUCAAUAACGAUGUCCUGUUGUACUUAGAUCUUUGUUCCCGCUUGCAGCUUUCAUCAUGUGGCGCAGGAGGAUCGCCAGAAGAUAUUGAAACUCCUACCAGAGGCAGACCGCAGCAGCCGAAAUUCUUAUGGCCUUGUUGCAACUGUAUUUGCUUGUUUCCGAUAUUGAAUUUGAAAAAUGAAUCAUUAUAUAUAGAAGAAGAACUUUUUCCAGUUCGUCAGACGUCUUUACAUAUAAAGAAUAUAACCUAGUAUUAACAGAAAUUUGUUAGUUUUAACAGAUAAGAAAAAGAAUAUACUUGAUAGAAGAUAACCUUUUCUUUUUUCUACCUUCCUCUGGUCUUUGUUUUUCUAGUUAGAUCUGCUCCACUACAAUAUACAUAGCAUAGUACUUUGGUUUUCCUCGGUCCAUCUUAUUAUUCUGGUCUUCUGCUCGAUAUAAAUUGCUUUCCGUUUCGGUCUCUACCGACCUUCUAAGUUCCAAAGUACUUUGGUUUUCCUCGGUCCAUCUUAUUAUUCUGGUCUUCUGCUCGAUAUAAAUUGCUUUCCGUUUCGGUCUCUACCGACCUUCUAAGUUCCAAAGCAGCAGCGACUAAGGCGAAAGCAGGGAAGCGCAGUGCCUCUGCAAACGCAGCGAAGAACAAGAAAUCGAAAAAAUAGUCACAUCGUUGAUGUCAUGAAGUUUAUUCAGAUUACAGAAUUACUAAGUAGUUAGAUUACGAGGACUAGCAUUUGAAUUUUUAGACUCCUAAAUUUAUAUUUAUUGCAUCCAAUCAUGGCAUUGUACCUAGCUGCACACUUCGCCAGUACCUGUAAGUCAUGCUGCAUCCAAUGGCAUUGUACCUGUAAGUCAUGCUGCACACUUCGCCAGUAGUAAGAGUAGUAAGUCAUGCUGCACACUUCGCCAGUAGUAAGCUGGAUAGAUUGUACCUAGUAGUAAGUCAUGCUGCACACUUCGCCAGUAGUAAGCUGUAACCUAUCCCCGACAAAGAUGUAAAUGUUGAGUCUUUCUCUUCUAAAUGAAAUGAAUUUCCGUCAUACAGAUGUACUUCUUAUUUGUUGUAGAUUCCCUAUUUCUAAAUCUAUCUUUUGGAUGCAUCAGGAUCAGUACACAUUCAUAAGUCAUAUUCGUACAACUGCCAUACAACAUACAUACAACGCGACAAAGCAUCACAUACUCAUAAACAAACACAAACACAGUGUAACACACGGACUCCUUGUUCACAAUUUUGAGAUUUGGUAUGCCUUAGUACCACAAAUAUUCGCAAAUGUUGAAGUUAUUUGAUUCAUUGUUAUUUCUUCGUUCACGUUCAUGAUUCUACGAGUUAUCAUAUUGAUUCGUAAAAAAAUCCACAUAAUUUUGUUUUUCGACUUCGUAAAAAUCCACAUAUUAGAUUUGAUUGAUUGAAUCUUCAUGCAUGAUCCUAUUCCAUUCCACCCUGUCGUUUUAUCUUGUAUAUAUAAUAAUGAGCAUGUAGUUCUGGUGACGUAUUGUGUUGUAGUAAACAUCCUCGAAAACUACACUGUACUAUGCUGAAAAGGUCCGUCGUGGCGGGUUUGAUUGUCAAAGACAGAUAUAGUUGGCUCUCAUUCUCCAAGAGUAAAGGGCAAGGGGGGGUUCGCCUCUUCUUCACCUUUCAGCCGACGCACCUAUUACCACGGUGAAAUCCCCACCCUCAAGAAGAUGUUGACACACAUUUAUGAGAACUCUCGACGUCCUGCCAUUUCUGUUGGUGCUUCAAUGACCAUUCAAUGUGGUCCUGGUU